AUGGCAACAAACGACGCUGGUCUUCUGACCUUGUCUCAGAGGAUCUCUCAUGUCCUGCAGACAACCCGUGGAAUCCAUAUCGAGUCUCCAGUACAAAAGAAAGAAUGCGAUACUGACAACGAGGAACUUGCGUAUGGAAAUUUUGUGGCCGUUCUCGAUGCCUUCAUCAACCUUCUGAAAAACCAAGAUAAGCCGAACGAGGCAGAUGCAAUUCAGCGCACGAAAGACAUUGCACUGGAAUCUAAGUCUCAUGGAGGCCUUCAAAUUGAUCUGUGGAAAGCGCUUGAGCCCUCUGCUUGUGAUGCACUCGCUUUUUGGGUCGAGGCAUGGCUUCAGUCCCUAUCCUCAGCGGAGAAAAGCCGGCAGCUUCUGCGCCCUCUAUCGACACGACCAGUGCAGAGGCGUGGAAUGACGUUGACAGAAAAGAUUCUUGCACAUCACUCUGUUGACCCUAUUGCAUCCAAUGGUCUUACUGCUGGGGAUUUCGUGCGAGUGACUAUCGACUGGGUUGCUGCGUCUGAGAUAUCCUACUUCAUUUGGCGUAAUGACCGUUUCUGGAUUGCUGGGGACCAUGUUGUCGAUCCUCGAACAUACAACACUCCGUUAAAUCGCCGGCUUAUCAAAGCUACUGAUAAAGCUGCACAAGACUUCAAGCUGACUGAUUAUAAAGGUCCAAAUUAUACCAUUAUGCACACCGAAUUCGUGAGAGAAAGGGCGGAGCCUGGAUUACUUAUCCUUGGCUCAGAUUCUCAUACGUGUUCUUCUGGCGCAGUUGGAUGUCUCGCUGUUGGACUCGGUGCUGCAGACGUAGCGAUGAGUGUGAUUACCGGUGAAACGUGGUUUCAGGUCCCUGAGUGUAUUAGCAUCCAAUUUGUUGGACAGCCACAACUAGGAAUUGGAGGAAAGGAUAUCAUUCUUUAUAUCCUUGGUGAGCUCAAGCGUAACACAGUGGCCGCUGAGAAAGUAGUCGAGUUUUCAGGUCCUGGCUGUCGACACUUGUCUGUGGAUGCACGGUUUGCGAUUGCAAAUAUGUGCACGGAGUUUGGCGCCAUAACAGGUCUAUUUGUGCCUGACGACAUUGUUCAGACAUAUGUUUCGGGCCGAAAGCAAAAGUACAGGCGAUCUUCCUCGACUUACUUCCAACCAGAUACGGAUGCAGUCUAUUCAGGCACAUACGAGAUUGAUCUAUCCAAAGUAACGCCGCUUUUGGCGAUCUAUCCUUCGCCGGAUGACGUGGUUCCUGUGACAGAGAAGGAAGGCAUGCAUUUAGAUGGAUGCUUUAUUGGCGCAUGCACAACAACCGAAGAAGACUUGAUUCUUGCAGCUCUUGUUUUAGAUGUUGGUCUGCGGCGAAAUUUGCCGUUGGCCCCUGGCAAGCGUCAUGUGGCUCCUGGGUCAAUUCCUAUCCGAUCGCGGCUCGAAGCGUUGGGCUUUUUGGAUACGUUUAAAGAAGCUGGCUUCUCAAUUGGAGUACCAGGAUGUAGCUAUUGUGUCGGUAUGGGAGCUGAUCAAGCUGGCGAAGGUGAGGUAUGGAUUUCGUCGCAGAAUCGAAAUUUCCAGAACCGAAUGGGAAAGGGCUCCAUUGGCAACCUCUCUUCCGCGGCCACAGUUGCCGCGUCAUCUUUCGAGAUGAAAGUCACUGAUCCGUCGUCCUUUCUGUCGGAGAUUGAAGCGAGUUAUUUCAAUGCGAUAAAAAGCCACCCGAAGAGGAGCAGGCCUGCCAACCUUGUCCAUCAGAUAACGGACAUUGCCUAUGUGGAACCAAAUUAUGAUUCAUCCACGGCAGAUAUCAAAGUCAAGAGCACCACAAGUCCCCAAGGAGAUAGAGGCUCUGCCAAUGGAUCCAACGCCACAAAAUCCCCAAUCAAAGAAAAGGUCAUCAGGCUGGGCGAUUUUGUUGACACGGACGCGAUUGCACCAGCGGACUGUCUUGUGACGGCCACGACGGAUGAGGCUUUAGGCGAUCAUUGCAUGAAGUACGUGAUGCCCGAAUUUCGACAGAAGGUCCGGGGCGGACAAAAGGUUCUCGUUGCAGGCAAGGCUUUGGGGGUUGGUUCCUCGCGUGAAGCAGCGGUGAGAGCCUUGAAAGGUCUCGGGGUUCAAUGCGUUAUUGCUCGUUCCUUUGCGUUUAUCUUCAACCGCAAUCUCCCAAACUUAGGAAUCCUUCGAUUCACAAUUGAUGACGAUAAUUUUUAUGAACUGGCCGUUGAUGGAGCUGAAAUCCAAAUCAGCUUGGAUGAACGGCAGAUUCAAAUUGGUGGAUCGACGUUCUACUUUCAACUCUCUGACAUGGAAUUGGCUCUUAUUGAGAACCAGGGCAUGACAAAUGCCUACCAAAAGUUUGGAAGUGAUAUUUUCCAGUCCCUGGCUAGCGGAGGAAAGGUUCUCCAUAAAGCGACCUCCAGAUUGACUGGUGCGGAACCGGAAGUCCCCGCGGCAUUGAGAGAUUUGCAGUGGUAG